CUAGGGUUUAUUUUCAUCCCUGUUUUUCAGAGAUUUUCUGCUGUGAAUAUGCAUGUGUGUGUGAGAGAGCCGAGAGGCGUGAGAGCUGGAGAUUAGGAAAGGAAAAAAAUAAGGGUUUCCCUUGUCUUGUUCUUCUUUCUUUUUUUAUACAUGUGAAACCGAUUUUCUAGAGAGAGAGAGAGGGAUUGAGUCAUGCGAGGGCGUUGACAAUGAAACAGCUUUUUUGUUUCUGUUUCUGCUGAGAGUUUAUAAUUGUCAGUCUUAGCUCAUCUGGGAUAAGGUCAAAAAAUAUAAGAACAAAAUAAAACCUAAGCACACCCUUGUGAAAGUGAUAGUGACUAUGCCUUAAUAACCUGUGGAGGAAGAGUUGGAAAAAUAUAGGAAGAGAGACAGAAACACCGAGGGUUUAUUUUCUCUUUCUUUUUCUUUGUGAUGGGCCUUGGGGGUUUGAUCAGCGGUGCUAGUGGCGGUAGUAGUGGUGGAGGGGUUGCAAGAGUUGUGGCUGAUAUUGCUCCACACCGCAUUGCUCAGCCACCCCUUCCCACUCCUAUUCCCAGGUCAAAGCACAGUUCCUCUACCCAUACUCUCUCCAUCCCAAGGAAAAUGGAGGGUCAUGGGGAGAUGGGUCUAAUUGGGGAAAAAAUUGAUACUGGUUUGAUGGUGAGGAUGCGGGAUGAUGAGUAUGAGAGCAGGUCAGGGAGUGAUAAUGUUGAAGGCGCAUCAGGUGAUGAUCUGGACGCAGGUGAUGACCAACGGCCGAAGAAGAAGAAGUACCAUAGACACACACCACAUCAGAUUCAAGAGCUUGAAGCUUUUUUUAAGGAAUGCCCCCAUCCUGAUGAGAAACAAAGAUUGGAACUAAGCAGGAGGCUUGGCUUGGAAACCAAGCAAGUCAAAUUUUGGUUUCAAAAUAGGCGAACCCAAAUGAAGACCCAAUUGGAACGACAUGAAAACCUGAUGCUUAAACAAGACAAUGAUAAGCUUAAAGCUGAGAAUGAUAUAAUGCGUGGUGCUAUGGCAAACCCAAUAUGCAACAACUGUGGUGGUCCUGCCAUUCCAGGCCAAAUAUCAUUUGAGGAGCACCAACUUAGGAUUGAUAAUGCUCGAUUGAAGGACGAAUUAAACCGUAUAUGUGCUUUGGCAAACAAAUUCUUGGGGAGACCUCUCUCGUCCUUGCCCGCUCCCAUGCUUCUCUCAAGCUCAAACUCCGGUUUGGAGCUUGCUGUAGGAAGAAAUGGGAUUGGUGGUUUAAGCUCUAUAGGCACGUCGUUGCACAUGGGACUUGAUCUGGGUGAUGGGGUUUUGAGUACUUCUUCUGCAAUGCCUCUAAUUAAGCCUCCUAUGGGCUUGAUGGGCAAUGAAGUUCCAGUUGAUAGAUCAAUGUUUAUAGAUCUUGCUUUGUUGGCUAUGGAUGAAUUAAUUAAGAUGGCCCAGACAGAUAGUCCCCUUUGGAUCAAAAGCUUGGAUGGAGGGAAGGAAACACUGAACUAUGAGGAGUACAAACGGACUUUUUCUCCUUGUAUUGGCUCAAAACCCGCUGGUUUUGUAACUGAGGCUACAAGGGAUACUGGGAUGGUAAUAAUCGACAGCUUGGCACUUGUGGAGACAUUGAUGGACACAGGUCGGUGGAAAGAUAUGUUUCCGUGCAUGGUUGCUAGAGCUGCCACAAUUGAUUGGAUAUCAACUGGCUCGGCUGGAAUCAGAAAUGGAGCUCUACAAGUGAUGCAUGCUGAGCUUCAAGUUCUUUCACCAUUGGUCUCUGUUCGUCAAUUGAAGUUCCUCCGGUUUUGCAAGCAGCAGGCAGAGGGUGUCUGGGCUGUAGUUGAUGUUUCUCUGGACAUUAGCCAAGAAGGUACAAAUGUACAACCUUUUGUGAACUGUAGGAAGCUUCCUUCUGGCUUUGUUGUGCAAGAUCUGCCCAAUGGUUACUCCAAGGUUACCUGGGUAGAACAUUCAGAAUAUGAUGAGAGUUGUAUCCACCAACUCUACCGGUCAUUUAUUAGUGCUGGCAUGGGUUUUGGUGCACAGAGGUGGGUUGCCACCCUCCAAAGGCGGUGUGAGUUCCUGGCAAUCCUUAUGUCAUCUAGCAUUCCUAAUGAAGAUCAGACAGCAGUGAUUAGUUCAGCUGGUAGGAGCAGCAUGUUAAAGCUGGCACAGCGCAUGACUGAUAACUUCUGUUCUGGAGUUUGUGCUUCAACGGCUCGCAAUUGGGAUAAUCUCCAUGUUGGAAAUGUGGGUGAAGACGUGAGGGUCAUGACGAGGAAGAAUCUGGACGACCCUGGUGAGCCUCCUGGUAUCGUGUUGAGUGCUGCAACUUCUGUUUGGAUUCCUGUAGCACAGCCAAGACUCUUUGAUUUCUUGCGAGAUGACCGGUUGAGGAGUGAGUGGGACAUUUUAUCCACUGGCAGGCCAAUACAAGAGAUGGUCCAUAUUGCCAAAGGCCAUAAACAAGGCAACUGUGUUUCACUCCUACGUGGUAGUCCAACAAAUGCAAAUGAGAACAACAUGCUGAUACUGCAAGAGACGUGGUCAGAUGCCUCCGGUUCAGUGGUUGUUUAUGCACCAGUUGACAUACCAUCUAUAAAUGUGGUGAUGGGGGGUGGAGAUUCUGCCUAUGUGGCUCUCUUACCAUCGGGAUUUGCAAUUCUUCCUGAUGAGCCAUCUAGCUAUGGCGGGCCCCACAAUUUCAAUAGGACAAUGGUCAAAGCAGGAGAUAAUGGCACUGAUGGAGGUGGAUGCUUACUCACAGUUGGAUUUCAGAUUUUACUGGAUAGCCAGCCAACUGCCAAGCUAACUGUGGAGUCGGUUGAGACAGUUAACAAUCUCAUCUCCUGCACAAUUCAGAAGAUUAAAGCAGCUCUUAAAGUAACCUAAUUGUGAUGAUUGGUUAGUAUACUGUUGUUUACCUUGUCUUUUUCUUCUAUGAAAAGCAAAAUUUCGUGUAUGAAGAAAUGUAGGGGAUAGAAAAUUGAUACUAAAGGAAGAGAAGGUUGAGAUUAAAAUUCUCUUAAUGGGUUUCGAGUCAAGAACGAACCGCAGCUAGGGGAAUUUUGCUGUCUGACUAGCAAGAAGACUUUUGGUCAUUCUGCUUGGGGGUGAAAAAAUAUAGCGAGUUGGGAACGGUGGUUCGGGCAUUGACUCGAUGGAUCCAUGAGGGUUGAUCAGAUUUCUCUUUUUGUCAAAGCUGUUUGUUGUUACUAAAUUCAUCUAUAGAGGUAAAAAGAGUUUGAUAGUGGA